AUGCCGUUGUUGUUAGGGGUCUCUGCGGCUGAAAACUGUAAUCAUACAGAUUAUACUGUGGCUUAUGAGGCACUUUUUCAACAACUUGGCUUGGACAAGAAUGGUGUUCAGAUGACCCACAUGCGGCCUUUGUCCUGGGGCCCCGUGACCCGUGUUUAUGUGGACCUGUAUGUGACCUCCAUCAUAGAAGUGAAUGAAAAAGCACAGAGCUUCUCGACACAGGUCAAAAUGAUGACUGCUUGGUCAAAUAGGAAUGUGGCGUGGGAUGAAGAGGAGUUUUGUGGAAUGGAGACAUUAGCAGUCCCAAAAGAAAUGUUUUGGACUCCAGACAUUGGUAUAGUAGAAAGCAUCAAGACAGAGUCUGGAACAAAGGAGUUUCCAUAUGUGCAGUUGAUCAGUUAUGGCUAUACAGUCUCAUCUGACGUUUUAACUCUGACCACAGCCUGUAAGAUGGACCUGUACAGGUUUCCCUUCGACAUCCAAAGCUGCAAUCUAACGCUUCAGUCUUCAGCGCAUUCAGUUAAGGAGCUUACAAUAUACACAUUGUAUGGUUCCGUAUGGUUAACUCUCGCGUCGAAGCAGACCUUUCAGGCCCAGGGAGAGUGGGAACUCCUCAGUAUAAAUAUGAUUAACUAUAAUGCCACUUUCAUAUGGGGUGUCAAGAAUCAGCUGAUAUAUCAGAUUACCAUCAAGAGGAGACCUCUACUUUAUCUCAUCAAUUUCAUGCUACCAAUAUUUUUCUUCCUCGUGCUGGAUGUGACCUCCUUCUUCAUAGAUGCAAAUAAAGCAGACAAACUGAGCUUUAAAGUGACUUUACUCCUGUCUAUUUCUGUGAUGCUGCUGAUUCUUAAUGACACACUGCCCUCUACAGCUGAUAAAAUCCCACUGAUUGGGGUGUACUGCAGUGUGAUUUUCAGUCUCAUUGGUAUCAGCAUUCUGGAGACCAUCCUUGUCAAUUUUCUGAUGGUUAGAGGAGCUGAGAGGAUAUCAGUUGCAUCAGUGGAAACUACAUCUGCUGUUACUGCCCGAGAUGACAGUGUCAGAGACCUGCAGAGCCCUCCAGACAACCAACGAGAGAAGACAUCUCUGUGCUGGACCAGAGUGGCAAGAAUCAUAGAUGUGACCUUCUUCAUUCUUUACAUAAUCACCAUUAUUGUGUUUCUGUGGGUGCUUGGGAAGGGAAUUCUGUGGGCUCGCCGCGGCAUCGGCAUUGGAGGACGCUACCAUCAACUCUCUGUUCUGGCUUGGGGCAAACUACCAUCGCCCCAUGGACCUCCCAGACACCAAGGGACUAUGAUGGAGCAAAGGGAUCUUCCUGUGUCUGGGGAGUGUCCGGUCCCGAGCCAGGUUUAG